AUGCUCUUCGCAGCGUACACUUUGUGUUUUCUCGUCCGAUUCACAUAUCAAAACGACCCAAUAUCAGAAGUGUGCGAAGAAAACGAGCUACUAACAGACUGUGGAGCCCGAUGCGAGCCAACUUGUAUCGAACCUACUCCUGAAUGCGAAGGCGACUGCCUCGCAAAUGUGUGCCGUUGUAAGCAAGGAUUCAUUCGGCGUGAACUAGGAGGGCCAUGCAUUGCUGGGUCAUCAUGUCCACCUGGUCGAAAACAAGUUCCGCCAUCUUGCGACGGGAUUGCGUGCCAUGACGGGGCUCAUUGUGAAGUGGUGGAUUUACCUUGUGCGAAUGGAACCUGUUCCCAACAGGCCAUUUGUGUCGAUGAAUAUGUAGUAUAG